AUGUCGUCAAACCAUGCCAGUCUCGAUGCGGCAUCCACCGACCGCAAAGCCCGGCUCGCCAAGCUCGCAGCUCUGAAGCGCAAGCAACCUGAACAAGAGACAAACGAGGCCCGCGCAGAAGAUCAGGAGCUUCCCGAUGCAGAUGCCACGCCAGAUGUGACCACAAAAUACCUGUCCGGCCGCAACUACGACCCCGAGACCCGCGGGCCUAAAUUGGGCUUCGAGAAAGGCCCGCAGGAGGGUCAGAUAACAGUGGAAGCACAGGCGGCUGAAAUUGCAAAAGCCACAGCGGAACAAGCCAAGCAGGACGCGGGUGCUGACGAACCCAUUGAUCUAUUCAAACUACAACCUAAGAAACCCAACUGGGACUUGAAGCGCGAUCUGAAUGAAAAGCUCAAAACUCUCGAUGUACGGACCGACAAUGCAAUUGCCCGGCUCUUGCGACAGCGAGUAGAGGAGACAAAGCGUGUUGCAAAGGCACGUGGAGCUAAGUCUAACGGAGACGAUCAGGGAGAGGAAGUGGGCAUGGAGGGGGAGACGCUUGUUGAGGGCAUCCAUAUGCGCGAACGAGAGGAAGAGAAGAGCGACGAAGAAACGAUUUGA